AUGGCCCGCGAGAUUGGUGAGCAUUACUAUCGAGAAUCUCACUUCCGUUUCAAAGUGGUAUUCUCCCAGCUCGUCAGAUUUCGCGCGACGGACCAGUUCAAUCACGGCUUCCUACCGGUGCACUUCGUCUCAAAGGUGGAGAUCGUUGUAGAUUGUCGCGAAUACAAGUUCCGGCCCAUUAGUUCCGCCAAGGACGAUGCUUUUGUCGACGAACAUCAAGACCAGCUACGCUCAAAGCGCGAAUGGUGUUGCUGGGACGAUAGGAAACCCCAAGAAGAUCUUUUCGUGGAGCUGGAGUACCUGUUUGGUUUUAGACCAGGCAUUGGCAUUACCAUCAGGCUGAUGCGAUCCCAGCACCACAUUCAGACUACCCGUCUUGAAGACCAGGAAUGGAUGUGUCACCGUGUAGUACCUGUUAUCUUUCCGGUACUUCAGCGACUCAAAGACACCAACUGUCGCGCUCGUCUAAUUCUCGGUACGGAGACUGAUAGCGGGCCCGACGAAGACGGGUACAUGCCCUUCGCUUCAAAGUGGAACCCGACAUCUAUCGAGGCCAUCACAGCAGAAUUCUGGGAGUAUGUCGAGACCGAGCACGAACGUGCAGUGCAAGCUGGGCUGGAGGCCGAAUCUGACGGAGAUGACAUACCUUUGGACGGCUUUAUCGAUGGAGGGAACAGUAUUCAAUGGGGCGUGGCGCCCGUCUGGGGAGAACAGACUGCGUGA